CACUUGGGCGUUGGACUCCGCAUCUUAUUAGCAACCAGGGAGAUUUCUCCAUUUUCUCCUUGUCUACAGUACGGCUACAAAUCUGGGAUUUUUUAUUACUUCUUUUUUACUAAACUUGGGCUCCUUUUUUUUUUUUUUUGCUCGACUUUUUCCUCCCUUUUUUUCCCCUCCCUCCUGUGCUGCUGCUUUUUGAUCUCUUCAACUUUAAAUUUUUUAAAAGGAGUGCAUUAUAAUCGGUUCUGUUCUCUCUUCUCUUUUUUUUUCCCCUCUGGUGUGUGUGUGUGUUGCUGCUGCUGCUGGUCGCCCAGUAUUUAUACCAACCCAACGCUCUUUGUUUCCCCUCCUUUUGGAUCUGUUGAGUUUCUUUGUUGAAUAAGACAGCAUGGGUGCCCAGUUCUCCAAGACCGCUGCAAAGGGCGAAGCCUCCGCCGAGAAACCUGGGGAAGCAGUGGCUGCAUCUCCAUCCAAGGCGAAUGGACAGGAGAACGGCCACUUGAAGGUGAACGGCGACGCCUCCCCCGCGGCGGCGGAGGCGGGCAAGGAGGAGGUGCAGGCGAACGGCAGCGCGCCCGCCGAGGAGACGGGCAAAGAGGAGGCGGCCUCGUCGGAGCCCGCCUCCGAGAAGGAGGCGGGAGAGGCGGAGAGCACCGAGCCGGCCUCCCCGGCGGAGGGCGAAUCCUCCCCCAAGACUGAGGAGGGCGCGACCCCCUCGUCCAGCAGCGAGACCCCGAAAAAAAAAAAGAAGCGCUUUUCCUUCAAGAAGUCCUUUAAGCUCAGCGGCUUCUCCUUCAAGAAGAACAAGAAGGAGGCCGGCGAGGGGGCCGAAGGCGAGGGCGGCGCCGCCGCCGCGGCCGCGGAGGGCGGGAAGGAGGAGGCGGCGGCCCCCGAGGCGGCGGGCAGCGAGGAGGGCAAGGCGGCCGCCGAGGAGGCGUGCGCGGCCGGCAGCGCCGAGGCGGCGAAGGAGGAGGCGGGGGACUCGCAGGAGGCCAAAUCGGACGAGGCCGCCCCCGAGAAGGCGGCGGGAGAAGAGGCCCCGGCAUCGGCUGCGGCCGAGGAGCAGCAGCCGCCUCAGCAGGCAGCGGAGGGGAAGGCGGAGGAGGCGGCGGGCGCCGGCGCCGCCACGAAUGAGGCGGGCAGCGGCGAGCAGGAGGCGGCCCCCGCGGAGGAGCCGGCGCGGCAGGAGCCCCCCGCCGAGAGCAGUCCGGAGGGACCCGCCGCCGAGUCGGCGGAGUAGUAAGCGCCGCCGCCGCCCCUCGCCGACGGACUUUUCUUCCCCCCUGUUUGUUUUUGGAGUGGUGCCAGGUACUGGUCUCGGAGAACUUGUCUACAACCAGGGAUUGAUUUAAAAGAUGUCUCGUUUCUUUUUUUUCUCUCCCCCCGCAGCUCCCAUCUCAAAUCGUUAUAUGUUGCCGCCAUUCCAACUGGCGGAGGGGGGCUCCCCUCCGCCUUCCUCUCCCAUCCUUUAUAUUUUGGUUUUCUUGGGUUUUUUUUUUCAUCAGUAUUAAUGUUUUGUUUUGGUUGGUUCGGUUUUUUUUUUCCGUUGUUUUUUUUUUUGCUUUUUUAAAUUUUGUUCGUUUAUUUUUUAAUUUCAUACUUUGCAAUUCUCUUCAUAUUAUAAAACUUUUGCCGAUCGGUCUAUGGACAUGCCCAUAUAUGAAGGAGAUGGGUGGGUCAAUAAGGGAUAUCAAAUGAAGUGACAGGGGCCGCAGUGGGGAACCCGGGGCGCGCAGCCCUUGCCGGGAGCGCGCCCCGCCAGAAAUGAUGUAAGGGGUUAGUCUUUUUUUUAAAAGAAAGUUAUUACGAUGUAUUUUGUGAGGCAGAUGUUCUAUAAGGUUUACAACACUACAAGUCUUGAUUAAGAAGGAAAGGAAAAAGGAAAAAAAAAAUAAAAAUCAAUACCCAGAUAAAGAGAUCAUAGUCUUAGAAAUUCAUUUAAACCAUAGGAACUUUUCACUUAUCUCAUGUUAGCUGUAUCAGUCAGUGAUUAAGUAGAAAUACAAGUUGUAUAGGCUUUAUUGUUUAUUGCUGGUUUAUGACCUUAAUAAAGUGUAAUUAUGUAUUACCAGCAGGGUGUUUUUAACUGUGACUAUUGUAUAAAAAAAACAAAUCUUGAUAUCCAGAAGCACAUGAAGUUUGCAACUCUUUCCACCCUGCCCAUUUUUGUAAAACUGCAGUCAUCUUGGACCUUUUAAACACAAAUUUUAAACUCAACCAAGCUGUGAUAAGUGGAAUGGUUACUGUUUAUACUGUGGUAUGUUUUUGAUUACAGCAGACAAUGCUUUCUUUUCCAGUUGUCUUUGAAAAUAAAGGAAAACUCUUCAGAUGCAAUGGUUUUUUUUUUUUUUUUUUUUGUGUAGCAUCUUGUCUAUCAUGUUUUUGUAAAUACUGGAGAAGCUUUGACCAAUUUGACUUAGAGAUGGAAUGUAACUUUGCUUACAAAAAUUGCUAUUAAACUCCUGCUUAAGGUGUUCUAAUUUUCUGUGAGCACACUAAAAGCGAAAAAUAAAUGUGAAUAAAAUGUAUAA